AUGUCCGUCGAGGAAACCUCCGCCGUCGCCGCCUCCGCCACCACCACCGUCUCCGAAUCACCUGAAAAAAUACAAUCCGCUAUCCAAUCCCUUUCCUCCAUCGUCCCUUCUCUCUCCGCCGCCACCACCAACCACCCUCUCUCUCUCCUUCACGACCCCAACAUCUACUCCCACAUCUCCACCCUCCUCCGCCAACCGAACUCCGGUGCCGGCGACAACAACCUCUGUCGUUGGCUCUACGACACCUUCCAAUCCGGCGUCCCGGAGCUCCAGCUUCUUGUCCUCCGCUUCCUCCCGGUGAUCGCCGGCGUGUACCUCUCACGCGUGGCAGACCGGAAACCCCAAGCGGGAUUCGAAGCCGUUCUCCUAGCCCUGUACGCGCACGAGACAACGUCACGCGCCGGCGAAGCCGUGACGGUGACAAUCCCCGACGUGUCACACCCAAGCGUGUACCAUGAAUCCAAAGCACCGGUGAAGAACAACGCGACGGAGCUCAACAUCGGCGUCGUGUCGCCGAGCCUGGAACCACACGGCACGGUUCGGUCGACAAGAAGGGCUCGAAUCGUUGGCGUUGCGUUAGAGUUGUUCUACAGCAAGAUUUCCCAGAUGCCCAUUGCGCCAAAGAUCGAUUUUUGCAAGUUCUGCAAGGUUUGGGCUGGUCAAGAUGGAGACAUGUACAAGGAGUUCGAAGAAGAAGAAGAAGAGGAAGAAGAAGAAGAAGAAGGUGAAGAAGGUGGUGAAGAGGUGAAGGAGAAAAGUGGUGGCGAGAGGGAAAAGAUAAUAGAAGGGAGGGUUCCUAUGCCUUGGGAGCUUCUGCAACCGGUUUUGAGGAUUGUGGCUCAUUGUUUGUUAGGACCGAAUAUUAAUAAGGAUAUGGAGUUGUUUGGUGCAGCGAGUGAAGCAUGCAGGUGUUUGUUUGCAAGGGCAAUGCAUGAUGUUAAUCCUAAGGCUAUUUUGCCAACAAGGAGUCUUUUAAGGCUUUCCAAAACUGUUGUAACAAAUGCUGUUGAUGAUGAUGACCCCACUGAGCUUCCCAAGACUGAUGUUAUUUCUCUUUAA